AUGGCGUCCUCACCGAUCAACACGCUCACGAUGCCGCCGCGCUUCAACAUCGAGCUGGAGCGCACCGACGCCGACGUGCCCUUCCGCGCCUCGCAAUCCCACAUCCACCACACAUGGGCGCGCACCUUCCACGCCCGCCCAGAGCUCUACAUCCGCCCGCAGUCGCUGCAGGAGAUACAGAAAGUUGUCACUCUCGCCCGUCGCAUGCGCCGGCGUGUCGUCACUGUAGGAUGUGGACACUCGCCGUCAGACCUGACAUGUACCUCGGCAUGGAUGGUGAACCUCGACGACUUCAACCAAGUCCUGAAGGUGGACAAGGAGCGCAACACCAUGACUGUGCAGGCUGGCAUCCGCAUGCAUAGCCUCAACGAACAGGCCAAAGAGCAUGGACUCACGAUGCCGAAUCUGGGCAGCAUCGACGUGCAGAGUCUCGCUGGCGCAAUUGGCACGGCAACGCACGGCAGCUCUAUGCAACACGGACUGCUGUCUGACAGCGUGCGCAGCCUCCGAAUCGUUCUCGCCAACGGCCAGGCAGUACGCUGCUCCGCCACCCAGUCCCCAGACUUGUUCCGCGCCGCGCUCGUCUCGCUCGGCGGCCUGGGCAUCAUCGUCGAAAUCGAGUUCGAGCUCGUGCAGCACACAGACAUAGAGUGGAUACAGACCAUCCGCCCCAUCGAGGAUGUGCUGGCGGACUGGAACAACGGCCUGUGGACAUCGAACGAAUUCGUCCGUGUCUGGUGGCUGCCCUACAUGAAGCGCGCCAUUGUCUGGCGUGCCUCGACCACCAAGAAGGAGCCUGUUAAACCCCAGUACAACUGGUACGGCGGUAGCGUGGGCUACCACACCUACCACAUUCUGCUCUGGAUCAGCCAAUACGUGCCUCGCUUUCUGCCCUGGGUGGAGUGGUUUGUGUUUGGGAUGCAGUAUGGCUUCAGAGACGGCGCCGUCAUCUCUGCGGUCGAAGAGCAACGCACCGGUCUACUGAUGAACUGUCUGUACUCUCAAUUUGUGAACGAAUGGUCUAUCCCCCUCGACAAAGGCCCGGAAGCACUCACCCGCCUCACCAACUGGCUCCACGGCGACGAAGUAUCUUCCGGCAUCCCAUUCACCUCCAAGGGUCUCUACGUACACUCCCCAAUCGAAGUUCGCGUUGCAAACACCACUAAGCGCACUUCUCCACGUCCUUACCUCGACACCACUUUUUCCGACUCCCCUAGCUUGUACUUGAAUGCCACACUCUACAGACCAUACAACCAGGACCCACCAUGCCGUGAACGCUAUUACCAAGCUUUCGAGCACCUGAUGAAAGAAUAUAACGGCCGCCCGCACUGGGCCAAGAACUUCCAAACCGUCGACAACUCCUACCUUUCCCAAGCCUACGGCGAAGACCUGAGCGAAUGGACGCGCGUCCGCAACGAAGUCGAUCCAGAAGGCAUGUUCCUUGGCGCAUGGCACAGGCGCACACUGCUUCCCUCCAAGACAGAAAUGCCCGUGUUCCCGCUCGAAGAGAAGGAAGUCGUACGCCGCGACCGACGGACCGGCGGCCAGGACUGGAUUGGCGAGCAAGCACGGUGGUGGGACGGCGGAACCGACGUGUUUGAGAAGACAAAUCCAGACUCCGAGGAGCGCAGCGAGAGCGGCGAGAGCUACGACAUGAUGGUCGGCGCGGAAGCCGAGAGCAGUGUCCUCCUCGAGAGCCUGCGCGACGAGAUGACAGAGCAGGAGAUUCAUGAGCGGACCUCACACACGGAGACGACGACGCUGCUCGAGAGCAUGACGGAGUUCGUGCGUACCGAGGCGCGGCUGUCGGAGGAGAGGCAGGUAGUUGAGCAUUUCGUCAAGGAGGGCGAUGAUGGGAGUGGCAACUUCAAUAAAAUGUAG